GCCGCCGCCAUGGCCGGUAAGCCCCGCAGCGGCUGCGAGGCGCUCCGGGUGGUGGCCCGGUGCCGGCCCAUGAGCCGGCGGGAGGAGGCGGCGGGAUACGAGCGCGUCCUGGAGCUGGACGUGAAGCUGGGCCAGGUGAGCAUCCGCAACCCCCGCGCCGCCCCCGGGGAGCUGCCCAAGACCUUCACCUUCGACGCCGUGUACGACGCCAGCUCCAAGCAGGCCGACCUCUACGAUGAGACGGUGCGGCCGCUCAUCGACUCGGUGCUGCAGGGCUUCAACGGCACCGUCUUCGCCUACGGGCAGACCGGCACCGGCAAGACCUACACCAUGCAGGGCGCCUGGGCGGAGCCCGAGAAGCGCGGCAUCAUCCCCAGCGCCUUCGAGCACAUCUUCACCCACAUCUCCCGCUCGCAGAACCAGCAGUACCUGGUGAGGGCCUCGUACCUGGAGAUCUACCAGGAGGAGAUCAGGGACCUCCUCGCCAAGGACCAGAGCAAGAAACUGGAGCUGAAGGAGAACCCCGAGACCGGGGUGUACAUCAAGGACCUCUCCUCCUUCGUGACCAAGAACGUCAAGGAGAUCGAGCACGUGAUGAACCUGGGCAGCCAGACGCGCUCGGUGGGCAGCACCAACAUGAACGAGCACAGCUCGCGCUCGCACGCCAUCUUCCUCAUCACCAUCGAGUGCAGCGAGACAGGGCCGGACGGCGAGGAGCACAUCCGCGUGGGCAAGCUCAACCUCGUGGACCUGGCCGGCAGCGAGCGCCAGAACAAAAUGGGGGCCCAGGGAGAGCGCCCCAAGGAGGCCUCCAAGAUCAACCUCUCCCUCUCGGCCCUGGGCAACGUCAUCUCGGCGCUGGUGGACGGGCGGAGCACGCACAUCCCCUACCGGGACUCCAAGCUCACCCGCCUGCUGCAGGACUCCCUCGGCGGCAACGCCAAGACAAUCAUGGUGGCCACCUUGGGCCCGGCCUCGCACAGCUACGACGAGAGCCUCUCCACCCUCAGGUUCGCCAACAGGGCCAAGAACAUCAAGAACAAGCCGCGGGUGAACGAGGACCCCAAGGACACCUUGCUGCGGGAGUUCCAGGAGGAGAUCGUGCGGCUGAAAGCCCAGCUGGAGAAACGCGGGAUGCUGGGCAAGAAGAGGAGGAGGAGCAGCCGGAGGAAGAAAGCGGUGGAUGGAGAGGGCACCGUGGACAAUGAAGGGGAGGAUGAGAAUGAGGAUGGCCUGGAGAAGACCAUGGAGAAUUACUUGAAGGAGCAGAAGGAGAGGCUGGAAGAGGAGAAAGCCGCUAUCCAGGAUGACCACAGCCUGGUGAGUGAGGAGAAGCAGAAGCUGCUCCAGGAGAAGGAGAAGAUGAUUGAGGACCUGCGGAAGGAGCAGGAGGCCACGGAGCUGCUGGCCAUCAAGUACAAGGCCAUGGAGAGCAAGCUGCUGAUCGGGGGCAGGACCAUCGUGGACCACACCAACGAGCAGCAGAAGAUGCUGGAGCUGAGGCGGCAGGAGAUCGCUGAGCAGAAACGCCGGGAGCGGGAGAUGCAGCAGGAGAUGCUGCUGAGGGACGAGGAGACCAUGGAGCUGCGCGAGACCUACACGUCCCUGCAGCAGGAGGUGGAGAUCAAAACCAAGAAGCUGAAGAAGCUCUAUGCCAAGCUGCAGGCCGUGAAGGCCGAGAUCCAGGACCAGCACGACGAGUACAUCCGCGUGCGCCAGGACCUGGAGGAGGCCCAGAACGAGCAGACCCGGGAGCUGAAGCUCAAGUAUUUGAUCAUCGAGAAUUUCAUCCCUCCCGAGGAGAAGAACAAGAUCAUGAACCGCCUGUACUUCGAUGGCGACGAGGAGCAGUGGAAAUUCCAGCCGCUGGUUCCUGCUGGAGGGAGCAGCUCCCAGAUGAAGCGGCGCCCAACCUCAGCCGUGGGCUACAAGAGGCCCAUCAGCCACUACGCCAGGGUGGCCAUGGCCAGGAGAUCCCACCCCCGCUUCAGGGCUGAGAACAUCAUGUUCCUGGAGCUGGACCUGUCCCCCCCGGCCAUCUUCGAGUUCGAGCGCAGCCGGGACCCCGCGGCCGAGCCGGACCCGCGGGCGCUGCACCUGGAGCGCCUGAUGCACCUGGACAGCCUCCUGCAGCGGCCCGCGGCCGCCCGCGUGCGCAAAUCCCGCUCCUGGUGCCAGAGGACAGCAUGCCCAGAGUGUCUCUGUGUCCCCAGGUGCCAGACGCCGCGGUCGCUGCCGUCCUCCACCACCCACGUGUCCCUGGCAUCCAGCUCCCCGUGCGCCGCCCCUCUGCCGGCCCAGGAGUGACCGCCCGGACCCUCGAACCGGACUGAGCCCCCCAGGGCCGAGGGGGCCCCACCCGCGGCCCCAGCUCGUCCUCGUCCUCAGCUACUUUGUGUGUGUGUGUGGAGACACGAACGGCCCCGGCCAGGGCGGCUGCCCCUCCCUCCUUCCCUCCCUCUCUCCCUCUCUCCCUCCCUCUCUCCCUCUCUCCUCCCCUCCAUUCUCCUCCCCUCCCUCCGCCCCCCGAUCCGGAUCUGUCACUUUAUUUAUUUAACCUAUUUAUUUGUGGAGCGGAGGCAGGAUUUGUGCUCGGACUGAUGGACACUCAGGCUGGCAGUGGGCACCGUGCUGGAUUUGCCCAGCUCCCAGCCCUGCCCACGCCACCUGGCACGGGGCUGGGCACGGGGACACCACCC